AUGUUACGUUCUAUUAGGUUAGUUGGGCGUGAAAGCUGUGUGUUGAGGUAUGAAGGUGUGGAGUAUAGCGCCCACAAAUCCAAACGUUGCUUACAUACAUCUUCUGAGAAAAAAGGGUAUGAUACCGAUGUAUAUGUUAACAGGGUUCAGAAAGCACAAACAAUCUGUGCAGAAAAAGUUCACAAGUAUGAUCCAUCAUCGUUUCUACUUGCAAGAUUCCUUCCAACUUGUUUACGGCCAACAUUUUAUGCCAUCCGAUCAUUUGGAAUCGAGUUAUCGAAGGUGUCAUUAGGUAGUGCAUCCACAUUUUCGCAAUCUGCUCAUUUUGGAGAUAUCAAACUAGCGUUCUGGCUGGAACAAGUUGAAAAAUGUGAACAAUUGGGUACGGGUCCGGGUCAUAUAAAGGGAUUGAACGAUCCCACCAGUAUAUUAUUGGCCGACUCAAUACUAAAGGGAAUUAACAUUGAUAUUGGUAUGCUUCGACAAAUGAUCUUUACGCACAAGCACUAUCUGCACGAGGAGAAGGUGAAGGGAUUUACUGAUUUAGAUUCGAUGUGCAGCUUUGGAGAGGGUACAUACUCUCAGAUGAAUUAUCUACUUCAGUCGGCUUCACUUACACCAAAUUUAUAUGGCUACUCAGACUUUGGAGUUGGACUUCUUGAACAACCCAAUACUGACAAUAUGAGGAACUUGCUGUCGGAUAUUAGUGCACAUAUAGGACAGGCUACCGCAAUCUGCUCAUUUAUCAUUGGAUUAAAGUACUUCGUGAUGAAGAGCGGCUGUGUUACACUUCCAAUUGAUAUUCUUGUCAAGCAUGCAAUUUCACAGGAAGACACAAUUAGGCUUUUAUCAGGCAAGGAGAAAUCGGUAGAAAGUAUUGAGAAAUUGAAAGCCGCAAUUUUUGAUGUUACCACGCGGGCAAAUGAUCACAUACUGGCUGCUCGUCAGAAACUAGACCAGUUAAAAGCAGCCAUUAAAGAUCGCGUAGAACACUUGAAUGAAAAUGAUACAGAAAAUAAAAUGCUCAUUGACACAUACCAUAAUUUGAGAAGAGGACUUCCGGAUUGUAUUUACACUCCAUUCAUGUGUGCAAUUCCAACUGUGUUGUAUUUGGAGCGUUUACAAAAAUAUGAUUUCGAUGUUAUGAGUCCUCGAUUACAAUACAGGGAGUGGAAAUUGGCUUGGAGAGCAUACCAAAACUUCAGAAAAAGAACAAUAUGA